AUGAAUUGUCCGACCCCGAGCAAACACCAUCUCCUCGAUCUACCUCCUGAAACUGUAGACGAGAUUCUUGCACACAUAUCCUCCCCUACAUCCCUCCUCGCCGUGGCGAGGACUUGCAAGGCUCUAGCCAGCUUGGUCAUCCCGAACCAUCUCCAUUUUCGUAUCAUUCGUGCUCCAAUGGGUCGGACAGAGCUCUGGAAAAGUAUUCUACGCGAUGAUCUACACGCUGCUAGUGUGCGUUCGUUGAUAAUUCAAGACGAGCAGGCCUGGGACGCAGACGAGACUUCCUCGAAGAUCCCUCCUUUUGCCGGCCUUGCGCCAGAAUCUCGCAAAGAAAGAGCGUUGGGAAAUGGACCGGGGCAGCUUGAUCCCUAUGGGGAAGCCCUGCCUAUAUUUGUGUCAGCCAUCCGACGUAUGUUUAAACUUAAUGAAUUCGCAUGGAAUCGUGCGGCCUCGACGAAUUUCAAGGGUAUGGACGACGUAUGGACGGCCUUGCAAGAACUUGGAACCGUCACUACACUAGAUAUCUCCGACCACCCCGAUGGAGACGGAACAAUCGAGGGCACCAUUGGCGACCUACGUGAAGCAUCGACGCCGAGGCUCACAACGCUCAAGGUGCACACAAGCGCAUUCGACCAUCAGGCCGACGAGCCUGACGCAACUCCGCUCAUCGAUAUGCUUUUGCAUAGAUGCCCUAAUCUUGAGGUUCUUGAGCUUACCCUCGUUGUGCACCGCCACUUAUCAAGUGCCUCCAUGAGCUCUCUCCUCUCAAAUGCAACCUGGCCAAACUUACACACUCUUCAUCUUACGGAAGGCGUUGGCUGCUCUGUCGACUCCCUCGUGCGCUUUCUCGAAACACAUCCAGGGAUUGAAGAUCUUUCACUUGGACGUAUGAUGCCAGGGCGCUCGUGGGAACAGUUCGCACAGGCCUUAGACACUAUUGCGCCAAUUCUACCCCGCCUGAAGACACUUGAAUGCUCCUCGGCGCAAGCGGCAGCACUCCUCAAACCCUCAAUGGUGACUCUGACCAGUUUGUCGGGAGUAGACAUGCGCGACGAGAUCGUGGUAGACGACUACUUUGGCUGGGACGAUGAGUGGGAGCUGGAACAUGCUGAGGACGAGAAUUACGAAGAAGACACCACUGUCCCAAUCCCCUCCCCUUGGAAAACUCCAUUCCUACAACGAUUAGCGGCAUGCCCAUCCAUCAGGUAUCUCGGGGUCAUACAUUACGAGAACUUGGCCCAACUCGAGGUGCUUGCAACGAUUGCACCACAACUGACCUGGCUCGAUAUCGAUACAUGCGGACUCCUUGUGGAUUCGGUGGAGCAGAUCGCCCAAUGGUGUGCGUUUUAUUCACUGUUCCCUUCUCUGAAAGCGAUCAGAGCGGAGCAUCUUGUCUACCGAGGGCAACAUGGCGAAUAUUCAAUGAACGAGAAUGAUGAUUGCAUCCAAGCUUUGGCACGCGCUUGCCCGCAACUGGAGGUGCUGAUUCUUUGGAAGCGGAAGAUAAUUUUGAUCAGAGAUAAGGCGGAACAAGUGGGUGCGCCUGUAAGGUGGAUAUCGAGGAUGCUCGAUGCGAGCGAAGAGGUGGAUGGAGAGGUAGUCUAUCCGACCGAGCAGUGA